GACGUGUCUUCCUUGAAGCGUUCGCUGGAGCAGCUCUCAACGCAGAACGAACAGUUGACCAAGACGCUGGCGUCCAAAAACAAGUUCCUGGAGGAACAACGAUACCUGCAGCAGACGGGACGAGAGAUGAUGGAGGCGCAACAAGAUCUCGAAGUGUGUUUGCACGAAGAGUUGUCAGCUCUCCAGGUUCGAGAGGAGCAAUUGGAACACCUGGCGCGAGAGUUAUGUCACCUCCGCCAGCGUCUGCAAGAGCAGAGAGAAACCGAAAGUGCUGAGGUGGCUCGGCUUCAAAUCCGACUACAGAUGCUCGCUCCGGGGCAGCGGCAGGUGCACGAAGCAGAGGAUCCUUCAGCCAUUGAAGCAGAGGUGGUUGAGGUGGCAGAGGCCUCGAGGAAGGCCGUUGGCCGUGCGGAGAUGUGGAUGUCCUGCCUGCCCGAGCAGGUGCGGGAGGAUGCAGGACUCGGUACAUCCUUCGAUGCGAUUUGCGGCCUCUAUCGCUGUUACCACAAGGCAAGGAUGCUGAGCUCCAACAUCCACGAGCACUUCGUGGCUUCAGCGGCCCUCCCCAGGGACCUGCCCACGAUGCGUUGGCUUUGCUCAGCCAAUUUGGUCUCGGCGGAGCUGGCCUAUGCCGCGCUGGGUGUCUUGGGUUGCUUGCAAGCAACGGAGGUCUCCCAGUACAGCAGCUUGAUGGAGCAGGCAAACUUCACGGCCUGCGCUCAUGGUGAGCAUGGCUUGGAUGCACUGCUUCGGGCUUUUCUGCAGGUCUGCCGAGGAGAAGCAGGCACCGCUGCUGACAAGCGAGAAGCCUUGCUCGCGGCGGUGCGUGCCUCUGGGGCACAGCUCAUGUCACUGCAAAAGGCCCUCUUCAAGGAGCAGCAUGCUUGCUCUGCGCUUCGCAGCACCUGUGCCGCUGAAGCCUUGAGAGCCGCCUGUGCAGGUGCUUUGUAUGCCUCCAGCCUUGCUGGAGGCGAUGCUCGUCAGUCCUGGAAGGACUGCGGCGACGUCGGCUGGUCGAAGGCGUCGGUCCUGUGA